AAUGGAAACGGGAUGACGUAGAGACAAUGUCUAUAGAUAUCUGUUUGAAAUGAAUGAGCGACUCAUAGGAUUGAGUUCAUCCAUGGAUGUGACAGAAUUGGUACCUCUUGAGCACCUCAGAGCUGAGAAAGAAUUCUUUGAUUACAUUUGCACAUCAAAUGAUGAGUUAGGGUUCCGUCAGAUGGUGAGCUUGCGAAAAAUUCAAAUCUUUUGCCAGGAUACUCAAAUGAUUGAAACACGACAAUCAGACCUUCGUAUCAAGUCUCUUGAGCUCUGGCAGUUGCCAGACAGAACUCGUUAUAGCACCACAGCGUUCAGAGGCAAAAGUAAAAGUUCUCAGUUGAAGACUGCAGCAUCAGCCAGCAGCAGCCGCUCUACCUCACCAGCCAACGGCAGUAGCUCUUUCAUCCCCCAGCCAAGAAGCCAUGGUGGACGAGCAUCUCUCAACGAGAAGCACUCCAAAACGAGUGGGACAUCGAACUUGGCAAGAUCCUCUCUAAGAGGGCCGGCCAGCCAGCCAGCCCACAACUCCUCCAACACAGGUAACCACGUGCACACCUCGCCCUACCAUGCCCCGGCUCCAGCACCCAAACAUAAGGACUCCAUGCUCGACAAGUUCAAGCUUUUCAACCACAAAGAAAAAGAUGCCAAGAACAAAACUACCAGUAAGAGCAGCAGCGGUGUGAGCAAGCGGACGAGCAGCAGCAGUGGGUUCAGCUCGGCCAGAUCUGAGAGGUCGGACUCUUCUACCAGUGUGUGUUCUGACGCUAAACCACCGCCUCUUCCACCGCACCAGAGCUUGCCAGUGAGUACCAGCAGCAGCAGUAGUGACCAGACGAGCCACACUGAGGCCCAGACUGGGGGUAGUGGUGGUGCUCCGCCCACUGCCAAACCUCAGGGACUCCGCGGCAUCAGGUCUAAGUUUUCAAAAUCCAGCGGAAAGGAGGGUAAGGAGUCGCCAAAGUCGUCGCGGAAGGACAAGGAGAGGGAAGAGUCGCGGGGGUCGCCGCGUGGAGGGCACAAGGUCCACCGCGACUCGCGGCCUGAGCGAGGAGAGAGUCGCGAGAGAGGCGGGAGGGAAGAGCGCGGGGGAAAGAAAGGUGAAAAGCUCACACUGGAACUGGAUGGCGGGUCCCGCUCACGGUCUCAAUACGCCCCGCCGCAGACGGACCAGUUCAAGGAGUCACGGGUGGCGGCACCGGGCCCCAGACCCGAGACCACAGGUCAGGUUGCUGACCCACAGCAACCUCCGGCACUCCCGCCUAAAGAGAAUCUCCACAGGGACCACACAACGAACUCACAGGCAGACCAACUUUCCACAGCAAUGCAGCAACACAAUCAGCAGCUGCAGCAACAACAAUCAGAGCAUGGGUUAACUUCCACGCCAGGCAGUCCUCUACUUCCAGGCACUCCUGGCACAGGUAUACCUAAACCCACGGCCCACGUUAAAGGACAAACAAAAGCGAUGCCUCCAGAACGAACAAUGGCGACGACUCCUACCAACUCUCCCAACGUCAACACUCCCCAUCAAGCGAAGGACUACAAUAAAAUGGUUCGCCACACGUCGGGUGUUUCUACUCCUAAGGUAGCAAGUACAGGUAAUGCCCCACGGCCGGCUGGCACUCCUGUAGGCACUGACAGUAACACUACACAAGAAUGUAGGGAUCCCAAGGGGUCACUUCCACGCCAGAAGCAAUUGGGCAGACGGGAAGAUAAUGGGACGGGCAUCAGUGUGGCGCUAGUGAGCCCCAUGCCCAUCCCUCGGGAAAAGGACCUGGUGACCCAUUCAGAAUCUGGCUCCAACAUCAGUGAGUCCUCCCAGAGUAACAGCGGUCAUAGCAACAGCAAUUCGUCAGGGAACUCUUCUGUAAUCUAUAAACCGACCAGCUCUGAAGACGGCAGUGUUUGUGACUUCAAGGCUAAUAUACGAAAGGUGGAAGAGAAGCAUGAAGGAGAGGAUGGAGACGAAGUAAUCCUCAACAUUAAGCCGAUGCAGCCGCUCGUCCGAGCGUCUCACUAUGGCUACAUGCAUGGUCUGGGACUCCACCAGACCCGCACUGUCCCUCCCUCCCUACACGUCUCCAGGCUAGCCCUACAGGACAAUGCCAACACAGUGCCUCAGAAAGGGAUGCGACUCGGCCCUCAUCUAAAACGGCCUCCAGGUCCUCACCAGGUCAUUGACAUGGAUUACAGUGACCUAGAAAGUGUCGAACUCACGAACGGCUACAUGUCAGACGGGGAUGUGUUACGUAACGUUGGUUACAAGUCCGGCAACUCGUCUGACCUAGACGGCUACCUGAGUGAGGGCGGUGCCUCCCUCUACGCCCACCGCCUCAACCAACGCUUCAAGGAGGGCAUGAGGCAGGUGCACGAGAGCAUGAAUAAGGUGCAGCACUUCAUUCAGGACGACAGAAGCAAUGGAACAGAAAACGAGACGGAGGUUUCCUCACUCUCUCCUUCCACCACUUCGUCAGAGCCUAGACACUUUGACGAAGACGACUAUUUAGACGAAGAUGUGAAAGACAAAGAUGGAGAUGAAGAGGAGGAGGAGGAUAUAUUUAGCGAUGAGAGAAUACUCCCGGUGACUCCAACAGAGCCGAAAAGCAGAAGGCGGUGAGUGUUGGAGGCAGCAUGUGGGUAGACCCUCCCUCAUCCUGUGUGUGUGUUUGCUCCAACCUCUGGUGUGUGUUCACCUCGACUAAGAAAAACUCCAGUUACCUUUACUACCCGGUGUGCCGUGAAUUAGGCUUUAAAUUUGCAUAUAUAGACCCUUGCUUUGUGCUCCGAUAGAACACCUUAGUGUAGUUUUUCCUGAAUGGAAAAAAUAGGACGCUUUAAAUGUUGUUCCUUGGCUGUAAAGGACUCUUUAGGACACCUUUUAACUU